AAAAAAACCGUUGGACGAGUUGGACGUGGUCUGCGGUUAAUACAUACACAACAAAAAAUAACAAACGCAUUCGAACGACAAAUAAAUAUUGUUGUUAAAAAUUAAUUCAGCAAACUAAUAAAUAGUUGAACGAAAUUUGUAUUAGUCGCUACUCGUUUUUUCUUCGCUGUUGCGUCGCGUCGCGUUGCGGCUGUCAGUGUGUCGAGUGUUUGUGUAUAUUUGUCAGUGUAUUGUGAAUUAUUAAAUUAUUAGUAAAUCAUUAGUAAAGUUGAAAAGUAAACACGCAAAUACUUGCGAAAAUUAUUAUCGCCAGCUGCAGGCAAGUCAAUUAAAGAAAAAGUGAAGCCAUAAAGCAGGCGCAGAAAGUGAAACAAACUGUGACAAACUAAAUGAGCAACCCACGCGUCAGUUGCGAGGGUCGCGUGAGUGCAACUAAUUACAAUAUAAACAAAAACGAAAACAAAAAUCAACAAUCAACUAAAACAACAAUCAACAAAAUGUGGACAACUGUGGAACGCAACGGAAUAUUCUCAUUCUAAGGUGGGAAAAUGUCGCUGCGCAGCAACAAGUUGCAACAACAAGCGAGCAAUAACAGUAGCGGCAACAUGGCCUAUCAGCAGCAGCAGCAACAGUUGCUCGCACAGCUGCAACAACAGCAUAAAUUUCAGGCACAGCAGCAGCAGCAACAACAACAGCAGCAGCAACAGCAGCAGCAGCUCUCUAAUGGUGGCAAGUACAACAACAACAGUGCCACAAGUCGCAACAAUCUGGCCACACUGGUGGCAGCCAUAAACGGGCACGAUCAGACCGAUGGGGGGCAACAGGGCGGCAGCAGCGGCUAUCAAUUAUCUCCAGCGGCUGCCUCACGUGUUGCACAUGCCCCAACCCUUGGCCCGCCCUCCUACAGUGCUGCAACAGCGCAGCCAGCAUUCGCCUUCUUCACUCAGCAGCAGCAGCAACAUCUCGCCUAUCAGCAGCAACAGCAGCAGCAGCAGCAGCAACAACAACAAGCGUUGCCACCGCCGGAUCUCACCGAUGGCAUUGAUCAUCAUCCAGCCGGACUAUUUCCGCCCGACUCACCAAAGGCCGUCGUCACCGAGCUGGAACUGGAACAACAGCUGUGCGUUGUGGCCAACAUGCAGAAAUCGGUGACGAUCACAGUCACGCCACAGCGCAGCAACUCAAUGGAUUUCCUUAACUUCGAGGAGAAGCGUCAGCUGAUUGCAUCCUCAUUAUCCCUGUCCGAUAUACUGCACAGCAAUAAUGGCAACAAUGCCAAGGAAUCGAAUGCAAUCAAUGCGAACACUGGUGCCAAGAAACAAAAUGGCGCAGCCAUACGCACAAAUAGUUUGGGCUCCGGCACCCGCACCCCACCCCUCGAGCGGAAAAGCAAAUUGAGCGCUUUGGGACGAUUCUUCAAGCCGUGGAAAUGGCGCCGAAAAAAGAAGAGCGAAAAAUUCGAAGCAGCCUCCAAAUCACUGGAGCGCAAGAUUUCUGUACGUGCCAAUCGCGAUGAGUUAGUGCAAAAGGGCAUUCUGCUGCCGGAGAGUCCGCUGGGCAACAUACCAGAGCCGGGCGAGGAGUCGUACUAUAAUACAAGCGGAGCUAAUGCCAAUGGCUCUCUACACUCAGCCGUCCACAAUAGUAAUUCCAUAAAUCAAGCCAACAAUUCCAUAAAUGCCACCACUUAUGGCAGCGCCCAGCAGCAGUUGCAGCUGCAACAGUCGGGUGGCGUGCCCAGCUCCAUAUCCGUGCAACAGUUCAAUGCAAAUUCCAUGCUCAACGGCGCCAGCCUCAAUCAACAGAAUUCCAUGGCCAAUGGCUGCCUCAUUUCGGAUGGCGCCUCCUCGGACACAUCCUCGAUGAGCGGCGGAGUCCCGCACUCCCAGUCGGCACCGCAGCAGCUGGGUGUCGGGCAACCGCCGCAGCAGCAGCAGCAGCAGCAGCAGGGACAGCCCCCACCGCUCACCCCACUCGCUCAGCACCAUCAGGCAUUGGCUCAACAGUUGCAGCAGCGAUUCGCCAUCAGCAAUAAUAACGAACCAAGAAAAGACAAGACUGAUGCACAGCAACACGGUGGCAAUGGCACAUUAUCAACACCGAAUAUUGAGCAGCCCACAUGCCAAGGCUCCAUGCUGCCGCCACCUGGGGGCGGCAGUGGCGGAGGUGGUGGUGGUGGUGGCGGUGGCAGUGGCGGUGGCAUGCACCACCAGCAACAACACAACCAGACCGAUUCCAAUAACAAAGUGGAGCGACCCAACACCCUCGGUGGCAGCAACAAACUGUCGCGGCGAGGUGUCAACAUUUGCUACCACAACGAGCACUAUGGCAGCGACGAUGCUGGCAAAAUGAUGGGUGGACCGCCUGGUAGUACACCACCGCCCUAUGCAGGGGGUAAACUGCCGGCGGGCGUUAUGCUCAGCGAGCUACCGGAGCCACCGAUUCCGGUAUCGGAAAUUGGACCCAUCCCACCGCCGCCGAUGUUCUCCACGCCGAGCCCGACGCUCAUCGCUGGACGACCGCACGGGCCCGGCGCCAUGAACGAUCAGGACUACCAGCAGGACUACGACUAUGAUGAUCACGAUCCCGACCAGGAUGAGCUCGACUCGGAUGAUGAUUAUGCGCCGUAUGGCGGCAUACAUGCUGCCGCUGGCAAUCAUGUUCGGGUUAUGGAUACGCAGCGUGUCGAGGAAAUUCCAGCCAAAGAGCCAAAACCAAAUGCAGUUCCUCUCAAAUCGGCGCUGAAGAAGAAGGUCGGCAUCUGCGGCCCCACCUCAAACUCUUCCUCCCAACCAGUCACGCCCACACAGGAGCAUCACAGUGCCGCCCAAGCGGCUGCCAUUUCCAAUAGCAAUGGUGGCAUCGGCUCCAUGGCAGCAGCAGCUGCUGCUGCCGCUCAACAGUCGGCCAGUCAGCGUCCGUUGGUGGUGCGACAGGAUGCGGCGGGCAAUAACUAUUCGCUCAAGCCUAUACUACGACCACGGAUUAGAAUAUGCAGGCAGCAAAUGUUCAAUAUCCAAUUGCCGUGCACCGUGGAGAACAAGGAGAAUGCGAGACCGUUUGUGAUACGCGAGAGCAGCAGCGAUAGCGAUGAGAGCGAUGGCCAAAUUGUCUAUCGGGACGAUGAUAAUGAUAAUACACGGCUUGCCAAGCUGGCGCGCAAGGAGUCGCUAUCGUUGAAGCUGCAGCUGCGACCAGAUAAACAGGAUCUGAUCAAUCGCAAUAUAUUGCAUCAGGUCAACGAUAAUGAGCUCAAGGAGUCCAAGGAGGCGAUUGGGGCGCGCCUAAUACGCAGGCUGUCAAUGCGACCCACCGCCGAGGAGCUGGUGGAGCGCAAUAUACUAAAAACUCAAUCACCCGCCGAGGAGAAGAAACAAAAGGAGGAGAAGAAAUCGUAUUUGCUGCGCAAGUUAAGCUUUCGGCCCACCGUCGAGGAGCUCAAGGAGAAGAAGAUCAUACGCUUCAAUGAUUACAUUGAGGUGACGCAGGCUCAUGAUUACGAUCGACGGGCGGACAAGCCAUGGACAAGACUGACGCCAAAGGAUAAGGCCGCCAUACGCAAGGAGCUGAACGAGUUUAAGUCCUCCGAAAUGGCAGUCCACGAGGGCAGUCGCCAUCUGACGAGAUUCCAUAGGCCAUGACGAUUGCAAUGGCAGCAACUUUCCAACAAAUUACAACAACAGCCCAAACAAUUGUAUUUUGUGCAGCAUAAAAUUGUCAACAAAUAUUUAAAAGUAAAACAUUAAAAAAACCAAACAAAAACACUAAAAAAAAAAAUACAAAAAAAAAAAGAAAACGAAAUAAAAUAAAAAUAAAAUUGAUCUAAACACAAUAAGAAGUAAAUGCAAAUAAAAAAAAUUUUCAAAUGGCAAAAAAAGGUUAGAAAGAAGCAAUUCAAAUUGCCAAGUAUAAUUUUAAAGGUUUUCUGUUAAUUGCGAAUUCCGCUCGGUUUUCUAAUUCUAAGUUCUUAUUCUGUACGUAGUAUUUGUGUUUUUUCUUACAUUUUUUUUGUUGAUUGUAUGUAAAUAAAUUUUUUUGGAAACCACCCAAGCUAGAUUUUUAAAUGGCAAAUCAAAAUAUCAAUUCGUCUUAUAUAUUAGGAUGUGUUAAAUCGAUUUGUUAAUUAUUCUUGAGUCAAGGCAAUUAUGUAUUAUAUUAUAUUAUAUUAUAUUAUAUAAAAAACAGAGGAUGGUAAAUGAAUUAACACAUUUGAUAAAUGUUUAAACUAAAAUAUACAUUUACAUUAAUUCGUAAACUAAACAACACAAACAAGUCAAGCAAAAACAAUUGCAGAGAGAGAAAUUCUUAAGGUUUAAGCAUAAAUUUACUUUUACUGCUGCUUUCCAUACAUUUUUAGAUUUUUGAAUUAAGCCAACUCUACAAAUAAAACCGCAAAUAUUAUUAUAAAUUAUACAAAAUGCGAAAAGUUCUGAAUGCAUACAUACAUAUAUUAUAUAUUUUAAAUUUAUGAUUAUUGUAUAAAGCUUAAACGUAAACAACACAUUAAAAAUAGAGCUAAAAACAAAAAUAAACUAAACAUUUUUUGAA